UUUUAUUUUACGUUUUUCUCUUUUGAUUUAACCGGUGAUUGGCAUCGUCCUUAUCAGAUUGUUUGUUGCUGUUUCCUUUUUGUGUGUGUUGUUUCCAUGCAACAGUCUACAUAUUUUAAAUUUCUGUCUCAUAUCUACCAGUAGCGUAUACAAUAUACAAUAGCGGGUAUUAUCUGUUGAAACCUGAAAUUAAAAAAAAAAAAAGACAACGCCCUUCGGUUCACGUUCAAACCUUGCCAAAUGUCUCCCGACCUUCAAUUUUUCCGUUGUGUUCCACAGAGGAAAACAAAAAAGAGCUGGCUGGACUUUAGACCAAUAAUGGGAGUUGUUUACCAAGUUGAAAAAGCGUACAUGUCAUUAUCAACACAUUUCGAAAGCAAAUUUAAACUGAAUCGACGAAUGUAGUGCCAUCUAUACGCCAAAUAAGGAAAGUCGGAAAUUUAAGUUGAUUUAUUAGUUCAUUAGUCAACAUGACUUCUCUUGAAAAACGAACUGUACAAAUCUCUGAAAAUGGUAAAACUGUUGGAGUUCCUGCACUGAGUCCAAAGUGGGUUGAAAAGAGGAAAUUUCUUCACUUUGUUUCUCCAUCAACAAUAUCUAAUGGGAUUGACUUAAAAGACUGGUGUGAAAUCACCCAGUUUUUAAAAAAUGACCUUCAUUGGCUAUUGAAGCUUCCACAUCACAAGUUUUGGUCGCAGAUCAUAUAUGAUAAACCUCUUAAUGCCAGUUUAGUUUCAUUUCUUCAAGAAGCCCCAAGGUUUUACUCAGAGGAAAAAGAUGCAUUGAAAGCUCUCCCUACCGCUUGGAAAUUAUUCAAGGAAACCCAGGACUUGGUGCUUCUUACCUUUGUACGCAUGGCUACUCAUAAGGAAUCCAAAGAUUGUUACAUCAGCCCUGAAAUGUUUGGGAAGUUGAUCUAUGACAAUUUCAUCUUUGAUGUUCCAAAAAUGAUGGACCUUUGUGUUCUGUUUGGACCAACUAAUUCUGUCCUGCUGAGCAAAAUGUUUAAGAACAUUUUUGUUAAUCAACCCAAGUACAAGUAUGACCUAGAAGAAACUGCCAAAGGCUUGGUUCAGGUUUUUCAACUUAUUUUAGGUCAACUUGGUCUAGAGAGCAGUCAAGCUGCUGGAAGCAUUCAUUGUGGGCCAUUGUCGGUUGAGGAGCUUGGUGAACUCGUCGUCUAUACCCUGGAUAUUGCGGCAACUCUAUGGUAUUUCAUUGACAUUUAUCCGGAAGCAGCGCCAUUACUCAUCGAUGCAACUAUCCAAAAUCAGUUAUCCGAUUUUUAUGAGAAGAGCAUUCCUUCUUUGUGUCGCCAAAUUGAAACUUUAUCACCAAAUAUGAAAGACAAAAUGGUCCUUAACCUAAAUUUGGCUCGUAAAUUUCUCAUCCAAAUUUACAACGCGUUAUUGCAUUCCGGCUCUGUAAAGCUGCUUCUAGCACAUAGUCAUGAUGACCCUUCAUGGGAUAGAGAACAACCUGUGGAACUGUGGUUGGAUUGGCUAACCUGUUUAGUUUCAGAGCGGCAACGUCACUUUAUCAUAGAUUAUAACUUGAUUUUUCAAGUACAAGAUGACAUUGAUCUAAUUACCCAACUGGGUAUUCAAAUGGAUAGCACGAGGGUGGAAUACAUUAAGCUAGGUCUGAAGGAAUUUAGAGUGGAAUUUGGUUUGUCUUUGACACCAGCAAGUCUAAGAGCAUCUGAUGGCGGCGUGGAUCCCGCGAAGAUUAGUGCGCUUAUUCUUCAAGUAAAGGAACUUUUGCCUGACCUUCACGAAAGCUUUAUUCGGGUCUGUUUGAAGCAUUACGAUUACAACCCGGAAGCCGUUAUCAACGCUGUAUUAGAAGACAAUUUACCGCCUCACUUAAGCGAAGGUCAUAACAUACCUGACCAGCAGCAGCCAAUUCCAGAACCUUUUGUGGCUUUUGACGAACAAACUGAUAUAUCCAAGAAAAAUCGAACCAAAACCGUUCAUUUCAAUGAAAUGCGGGAGCUUUUGAACGACAAGCAGGACAUGAAACAUAUUAUCCUCGAUCGUGUAGACGAACAACUUGCUGCCGAAUAUGAAGAUGAAUACGAUGACACCUACGAUGGACAUGCUGUUGGUUCUGAAGAGCCAGAUGCACACACCGGAGAAGAUGAAUUACGCAGAUCAUUUGUUGUACCUCGUAUUUUACGACCGAAAAUGGAGGAAGAAUCGGAAGAAGAAGAAGAGAAUUACAAUCAGACUGAAGAAAAGCCUAGGGAUCACUUUGUAACAAAUCCAGAAGAAAUGCGAGCUCUAGCCGAGCAAAGGCGAUUGAGCAGACGUGGCAAUUACAGACCCGGCCCUGCACCUUCGCAGCGAAACGUUGUUGGUGGACCACGAGGUCAAGGGCAGGAGAAAGAAACUAUCGUGGCUCGACGACACAAAACUGAAAAUAAGACACGAGGAGCAAAUCAUAAUAGAAGAUAUAUGGCAGAUAGGAAGAGACGUGAAUUUUAGUGCCGAUUUGGGGAGCUUCUUGUUUAUCAAAUAUUAAGGAAAACACAGUCACUUGUUCAACAGGGAAACGCUCAGUAAAAUGAGGGAAUUUUGAGAAAGUGAAUAAAAUGAGGUUUCUUUCAAACUA